UCCGUCGUGAUAAGAGGUCGUUAACUGUUAAAAGAAUGGCAAGGAACAUGAUGCAACGUUCAUUUUUUUAUUAGACUUCCUAGUGUACUGUAGUUUAUGCAAAAUGUCCCUUGAAUUUUAUUUUAACUACGAUUUAAAAGGAAUGAAGAAAUCUAAUAAUAAAUGGAAUACAUAUUUCGCGCGCUUAUUCUAUCUUAUCGUGACUACGUAAUGCAACUGAUAAACACGCCCAUUGUUAAUGAUAUCACUUCUUAAGUUUACAAUUAAAGAGUUACAGACAAUUAAAGUUAAUCGAAGUCAGUGAGUGUAAUACUCGAUAAAGAAAUGGAAGGAAGUGUUACAAUAAGGAAAGCAAGGCGGGAAGACUGCAAAGCCAUUAUAGAGCUAAUUCAGGCAAUUUUGAACUUGCCGAUUUCGAAAAGAUGCCGUAUGGUCCUAAAAUAAAUCACGAAGCACUGGAAAGAGAUGGGUUCGAUUCGGAGCAGCCUUUAUUUCAGUGCUAUGUUGCUGUAGCCGAAGAAAAAGUAAUUGGUUAUGCUCUGUAUUAUUUUGUUUAUUCAACUUGGACUGGUAAAGAAAUGCUUUUGGAAGAUCUAUGUGUAGCAAGUAAUUAUCGGAACAAAAAUGUUGGGAGUAUGUUAUUUCAAACAGUUGCUAAGACUGCAGUUGAUCAAAAUUGUCACCGCAUGGAUUUUAUAGUUUUAAACUGGAAUCCUGCGCAGGACUUUUAUAAGAAAAGAGGUGCAAUUGAUAUAACAAAAGCAGAGGGAUGGCAUCUUUAUCGUUUAAAUGAAACUGCUUUGAAAGAAUUAAUUCAAUAAAUAGGAAGGAACGGUGUAAAAUA